GGGUUUACCCGCCCCCUCCGCGCGCCGGUGUGGGCGGCCCGCGCAGGGCGGGCAGAGGGAAGGGAAGAUGGCGGAGGAGGAGAAGCUGCCCGCGGGGUGGGAGAAGCGCAUGAGCCGCAGCUCCGGCCGGGUGUAUUACUUCAACCACCUGACGAACGCCAGCCAAUGGGAGCGGCCGAGCGGGGGCGCGCGGGCGGAGCCGGGGCGCGUGCGCUGCUCGCACCUGCUGGUCAAGCACAACCAAUCGCGGCGGCCGAGCAGCUGGAGGCAGGAGCGCAUCACCCGCUCCAAGGAGGAGGCGCUGGAGCUCAUCAACGGUUACAUCCAGAAGAUCAAAUCAGGAGAGGAGGAUUUUGAGUCUUUGGCUUCGCAGUUCAGCGACUGCAGCUCAGCCAAGGCUGGGGGGGACCUGGGAGCAUUCGGGAGAGGGCAGAUGCAGAAGCCGUUCGAGGACGCCUCGUUCGCGCUGCGGGCCGGCGAGAUGAGCGGCCCCGUGUUCACCGAGUCCGGGAUCCACAUCAUCCUCCGCACGGAGUGAAGUGCCUUGGCAGGGCAGGGCCUCCGGGGAAUCCACGGGGAGCCGGUGGGGACCCACGGGAAUCUAUGGAGGCCCUCAGGAAUCCAUGGGGAAGCCACGGGAAUCCGUGGAAGUCCUGGGGGAUCCGUGGGGAUCCGCCGGGAUCUGUAGAAAUCUGUUAACUCCGCGGGAAGCUGUGGGAAUUCUCAGGAAUCCACGGGAAUCCUCAGGAAAUCCAUGGGAAUCUAUGGAGAUCCAUGGGAAUUCACAGGAAUUCAUGGAAGUCCAUGGAGAUCCAUGGGAGUCUAUGGGAAUCCUCAGGAAUUCACGGGAACUCACGGAAAUCCUCAGGAAUUGAUGGGAAUCUAUGGAAAUCCUCAGGAGUCCAUGGGAAUUCGUGGAGGUCCGUGGGAAUCCUCAGGAAUCCACAGGAGAUCCAUGGGAAUCCACAGGAAAUCCAUGGAAUCCACGGGAGUCCAUGGAAUCCACAGAAAUCCAUGGGAAUCCACGGAAAUCCAUGGAAUCCACAGAAAUCCAUGGGAAUCCACAGAAAUCCAUGGGAAUCCACAGAAAUCCAUGGGAAUCCCGCCCUGCGCUCCCCACCACGAACUCCAGAUCCCACAGCUCCAUUAUUCCCUCCUGGGUGGGAGGAAAUACAGGGAAUUCCUGCAGUUUUUGGGAAUGUUGGGUCAGCCAGAGCCGGCUCCCGGCGGUCCCAUGGUGGUGGCGGUGACAAUGGCAACGAUGGCGAUGGCCAGCAGUGACAGUGACAGCCAGGACAAUGGCCCACAGUGACAGUGACAG